AUGGGUAACGGAGCCAGAGCCCAGCAGAAGCGCGAGCGCAAUGCGAAGGACGCAAAGGGCACUGCCAAGUCCCAGCUGAAGAUUAACGCUGCUGCCAUGGACAUCCAAUGCAACAUCUGCAAGGCCACUUUCCUGAAGACAACUCGUGAAAAGGCGUACGUAUUCCUUGUCGCAAAGACUCUGCAGGCCGCCCGCCUCUUCAUCAGCUGA